UACUCGUCUGUAAUAUAUAUAUAUAUAUGUGUGUGUGUGUGUGCGUAUAUAAGAGGAUCAAAACAUGUCUAGUUCUACUGAUAGGCAAGAAUCACCAGAAGCCAAUUUUGAGGCACCGAACUUGUUCAGUUUUUUUUAUGAAGAUGAAUGGGUUAGGGUAGAAGACGACGACCUUAGUUCACUGGUCUUCGGCUCCAAUACUCAAAACUCUCUUCACAUCCCAACUCAACCAGUUCAGUUUCCACAGAUUAAUACAACUAUUACUACUAUAGUUACCCAGCCUUCGCGAAGUGCUACAACUGCUACCACUAUAGUCAAGCAACCUCAAUUCCCCAUUAUAGGAGAGAUUGAAAGGGAGGAUAAGAAGGAAGUGAAAGAAAGAUAUGCAUUUAAGACAAAAUCAGAAGUUGAGAUAUUGGAUGAUGGAUUCAAGUGGAGGAAAUAUGGUAAGAAGAUGGUGAAGAAUAGCCCAAAUCCAAGGAAUUACUACAAAUGUUCAAUUGAAGGUUGUCCAGUGAAGAAAAGAGUUGAAAGAGAUAAAGAGGAUCCCAGUUACAUAAUAACAACCUAUGAAGGAUUCCACAAUCAUCGAACCACUUGUUAGUUCUUACUUAAUAGUAUUGUAGUCUUUAUGUUGGCAUUCAAGAACAUUUUAUGUUGUCAUCGGUUUUUUUUUUGUAAUAUUAUGUUAAUAAUUCAAUCGUUUAUGAUGUUAAUUAAACUCUAGCAAGAUUUUAACAAAAAUAAUUUCUAAU